AUGCGGCGCUUGGUUUCGCGAGCUCGGUUCGCGAAUCAUACUCGCCGGGUGCUUGCCAUCUCUGCUCCACAGCAUCAUGUUCGUCCACAUUUCUUGGAAGAGGCCGUUCGGCCAUUGAGCACCGUGGCGGAGCCGGCCAAGAGGAAAAAGAAGCCGAACCAACUGCAGACGCUCCGGGCAUGGCUGUGGGAUCAAGCUCUUCACUUGUGGCACGGAAGCAGACUGUUGUACGUCAACUCUCGUACGGCUUGGCGGCUGCGGAACCAAGUGGCCAACGGCCAAAAACUUACGCGACGUGAGCGCCAGCUGCUGGAAACGACGGCCAAGGAUUUGGUCCGUUUGCUGCCGUUUUCAGCCUUUCUGAUUGUUCCCGGUGCUGAGCUGCUGCUUCCUUUCGCCUUGACCUUGUUCCCGACGCUCAUCCCAAGCACGUUCACGACAAACGAACAGCGGCGGCGGCGGCUUAUUCUCAGGAACUUGGAGCACAGUGUUGUGCGGCGAAGGUUGUUGGAGCACAUGGUGGCUAGAAUCCUGGUCAGCCAGAAUCUGAGCGACGAGUCAUCGAAGACGAUCACCGCGACACUCCGGUCGUUGACGCAGGGUGGCGUCAUCCGAGCUCAGGACAUCCGUGUUCUUACCCCGAGCUUUGAAGAUGAUGGACCACUGGCCAUCCAGAAGCUUCCCCGCUACAUCCUGCGAGAGCUUUGCCUGGUCAUGGGCGUCUACACUUGGAGUGCGUGGUUCGAGGGUCUGUUGCUUCCCCGAACCAUGCAUGCAGUUCGGCUGCGCUUCAUCUUGCAACAAACACUCGAGAAGCGCGAGGAGGACGACCGCUGUUUGGCAGAGGUGGAUCUCAACGCGUUGACCCCUCAGGAGCUCUUGAGGGAGAACGAGCGGCGACGGAUGCUUUGGCUGGGCAGUGAGUCGAAUCUUCGGGCUCAACUUCAAGAUUGGCUGGCGCUGUCUUUAGACCAGGACAUCCCCAAUCACGUCCUCCUUUUUCUGCGCCCCUGCGCAACUGAUGUGAAUGCAGUCCCGGCUCUGCUGACACAAGAUGAGCGCGAUCACAUCUUGGGCCUCCAGGGCCGUUUCUCCGACUCUCAAAUCCACGAGUGGAUCCGGAAGAACAUGGACCGGUCGGCCCGGGCGCCGAAGGAGGAUGAGACUGACCUAGAGAAGAACGUGAUGCAGGAUGACAUCGAGAGCCUCAAGGAGCAUGUGGAGGAGGUGCGCCAAGAGUUGGGUGAGAUCGAAGCGACGAAGGAGCAGCUCAAGGGCUUCGGCCAGGUGCUCAAGUCCACCAGUGAUGAGGAGCUGCUGUCGAUCUUCGACACCUUGGCAGAUGAGGAAGGCGUGGUGGAGAUACCUUCCCUGGAGAAGAAGAUUCAGGAGUACCUGGGGGGGAAGCUGCCAGACGUCUCCGCGUUGCACAUCUCUCUGGUGUUGCUUUUCCGGCUGAACCUGGAAGAGCACAACGUCCAGAAUAUUGAGUGGCUGGGUCUUUCUGCGGCCGUUAGCGAUGCUUUAGAGGAUGCCUACCAGUGCUGGGCACAAGAGGAUGCAGGCGGGGCUAUUGCUCCCACGAGGAAGGAGAGUGGAGAUGACAUCCUACAGUACAUGGCCGGCUUUAGCCAAAGCACCAAGCAGCCGGCAGCGCAUCAGCAGGCGGUGCAGCAGAAGAUCUGCCGCAUUAGCCUGGAUGGCGAUCCCUUACCAGGGUCGCAAGCUCGCGCUUGCAGUCGGCUGAGCUUGUCGAGGGAAGCCGAAGGCCUGAAGCAAAAGGUAGUUGAGCUCGAGGCACAAGCCAGGGAACUCCGAUUGCAGGCCAAAGCUCAAGCGGCCUGGUCCCGGCGGCUGCCUCGCCUGGCUCCGUGCGCGGAGCCUGGGCCAUGGACCCAGGUGCUGUCCGCCCUUCAGCGCCUCAUCGUGCCGGGCCGCUUGGUCACCUGGCAGCCCGACACCGAGAAAGAGCACUGCGAUCUUCUUGGCCGCGUCCUGGAGACGUGUGGCGACUCGGCGAAGGUGGCUUUCAGGGAUUUGCCAGAGGGCGCGUGGCUCCCAUGUGCAGCACUGCAGCCGGAUUACGACGCUGAGCUCUGCUGCCGACCAGGCACAAGAGUUUGGUGGCAGGAGGGCCUCGAAGUUACGCGUGCCGUGGUGGCAGGCCCGUCGGAGACGCACGCAACGGCCACAACGCUCCUGACGAGUAGCGGCUUCCACCGCACAGUGGACCUGAAGGACGUGUCCAUCGCUCUUGCCACAGGCAGCUGCAGCCUGGAGGUGGGUGAUGUGCUCCGACUCGCUGCGUCGCAGGGGAGUGCGGAGAAGUUGGGCAUGGUGGUGCAAAGUACGCCAAUGGAUGCCUGCAUUCGCUUCCGCCCGCUGGCAGCUGGUAAAGACAACAUGCCCAGCUGCGAGGAUGCCAUCUUCCCGCAGUCGGAGCUCAAGAAAGAGCUGGCAGCAGGCCGCCUUUCUGUCCAGAGUGUCUCGCGCCCGGGCGCCGCGGUGCGCCGUCGCGGCGAG